CAACGAUAAUCAACUACACGGAAAACUACACGUUUGUUUUGUUAUCUCCUGUGUUAGCUUUUGGAGAUGUUUAAUAAGUUUUACAUGUUAACAUUUUUCUAUGGAAACUGUAUUCGAUAUAGUAAGUGUUAAUCGUCGUUAACUUUGGAAUUUUUGUCGCAUGUAUAUUGGAGGUUGCAGGAACUGAUUAUGAUAAUUUUGCUGUCCAUCUUAAACUCUUUUUGGACCUAUUAAAAGUUUUAAACGGUUUAAGCUGUGUUGACGCCGUACUGUACAUUAGUGUCCGACCUUGAUGCGUAUAUGAAGGGCGUUUACUUGAUGCAUUAUACACCCAAGGACACUGUUAGCUGUGGUGACCAAUAUCUGUAUGCAGCAUCAAUGUCACGGGUUUUCCCGGUAAAAAAGUGACUGGAAACGUCUGGACGAACUAGUGUAGGUGAUCAACAAUAUUGGAUAGUCAGUGUUUCAUUAGUUACAUUUUGUAUAUUCGAAUAAAACGUUUUUGAGUUCGUGGAAAUGAGUAACGUUGAAACCUCGUGGGAACUCCAAGCAUGAGGGCGUUGGUAGUAGGUUUGUAAUUGGCGACUGUUCAUCCGUGUGUACUCGUCUCACUGGGAUUGUGUGUAUAACUAUGCACUAAUAAGUUAAGUUAUUGGUCGUAAAAUCAACAAUAGUUACACCACGAAACAGCGUUAAGUGCGUAAAUAUAUCUCCCAGACUUCGUAGUGUAAAGUGAAUGGGACAAACGGUCGCGGACAGAGAGACGUUACCGCUGUGGACCUGUGUAUGCCAAAGGAUGGGGAAUAACUGUGGUUAGCCUAUUACUUGUGAUUACUCCAUGGAUACAUUUUACAAACUUUUGGCAUGUCCUUAUGGUGCCCGAAUAGACACUUUACGUGUGACAUAGACGGGGUGUUUUGAUUCGGUCACGCCGGAGUGCUCCCAUCACUUACUAAGCCUGGGAACAUCACCUUGACACGGGGACCUGUAAGUCAGCCCAGGUCCUGUCAGCAUCCGCAUCCCAGCGCCGUGCUGCACACACUCCCUACCGCACACAUUGGGUACAGAUGCUGCAAUUUGCUUGCUUCAUCAAUUGUUUUCCCGCCAAUUGUUACCUUGACGCCUGUUUAGCACUAGACGUGUAAGGUACGUGCAUACGCGUGUGGUCUAGUGCAAUUGUUCCAUUCAUCACUCGCUCUCUGGCAAGCGUUAAUUGGCGGAUGGUUAUGCUUGAUAUUACACGUGCAUGACAUACUUUGGACAAUGGACACUUGUUGAAUUAGCACGUGAAGGAAUGUUUAACUAGUGAACGGAUUUAUUUCCGAUUUAGGAGAGUGUCACACACACACAAACAAUUGACAAAAUGUUCAACUCACUUCCGAGGAUUAAAAAAUCUCCAAAGAAAGAUUCCGAAAGCCCAAACUCCCAACCUUGGAAGUUCUGGAGGAAGUUUAGUUUACGGCGGAAACGGGACCAGAAGUUUGACUGGGGCCAAUUUGAUUCUACAGACGGCCCUCCAGGGGAGAGAGAUAAGUCUUUGUUCAGAAGGAGUAAUAGUUUGAAACCUCCCCCGAAACCUCCCCGUCUCUUCAUCUUCCGGUCGUCGUCCAUCAGCACACCACGGAACUCGACUGUGAUUGGCGGAUCGUCCGACCGGAACUCGUACGUCAUGUCACAAGCCUACCAAAACAACCGAACCAAGGACGGUAACAUACCAACUGCGCAUGUCGCUCCGGUCAGGAAAGAGAACGGCGUGAGUUGCAAUUCUUCAGACAAAAAGAAAAUGUCGGAAAACAAUAACAUUGAAAUCAGUAAACCUGUGUUACAGAAAACGACUGUUAGUAAAUUAGACUCGGAAAUUUCUAGCCUAAACUCGAGUAUGACUUCCAGUAAAAUAAAAAUAGUGACACCGGACCUUACCCCUCGCCGAACGCUCACGCGCAGGAAAAAGUCGACUGGCUCUGUUGAAAAUGAGCGACACCGAGUGAUUUUACAAAGUGCUUCUGAACUAAUAUGUCAAAAACUUGAUCCUUCUGAAUUCCUGGACGAGCUGCAUGCUAAGCAGGUGAUAUCUUCCGUGGAUUUGCAAGCGUUCCGCGGACACCCCGACAGACGACUUGUGUGUGAGAGCAUGAUCCACGUCAUGACCGACGGAAAGCCCAAACAGUUUGAUUCAUUCUGUGAUAUUCUUCGGGCUAGUGAAGCUUACCGCGACAUAGCUGUGAUAAUGGACGCUAUGAGAGACGUGUACAGCGUCAUAUCCGACAUUCCGUGCCCCAUCGUGGAGGACAGUAGUACUACGGUAGAAGAAGAGAAGACAAUCAACUUUGACGUCGGAUAUUACAACUGUGACACGGAAAUUAUGACACCGGUGAUCCAGCUAGAGAAAGCAAGAGGUGACAGCAAACGUUUCUCACGGGACUCGACCUUCUACAAACGGUGUUCUCGGCUGUCCUAUCACUCACUGACGUCAUCUGAUGCGCUUAAACUGGAAGACAACGAUAUGCGUAUCACAGGAACGCUUGUCAUUACUGUGUGUAUAUCCGGUUACUCUCUCCACGGGGAGAGGUCAAAACGACUGGCGGAAAUGCUUGGCAAACACCCCUGCAUAUUAGAGCUCCAUAUCGGUAAAACACAGUUGUCAGGGAGAGACAUUGGUUUCUUGUCGGAACCUUUACAGACCUCCCCUAACCUUUCGGUGCUAGACUUCCGCCUCAAUUCCAUUGGUAAUGAAGGUGCUAAAAUGCUGGCUACCGCCUUACAAAAGAACACCAGCAUACGACAGCUAAACAUGUCCUCAACCGGGGUGGACAGCGAGGGGUGCAAACACUUGGGCGAGGCCCUAAAACACAAUCACGGAGUGACUGACUUAGACAUGAGUUUCUUAGACAUCGCCGACAACGGAUGUAUCAGUCUAGGAAAUAUGCUCAAACAAAACAAGUCACUGAAAAAGUUGCGACUGCGCAGUGCAAACAUUUCCUGGAUUGGUUGUGGAAUUUUAUUCGAAGGUGUUCAACAAAGUAGGACUCUUACCGAACUGGAUCUUAGUAGGAAUUUUAUCGGUGAUGAUGGGAUGGAAAUGAUGUGUCGUCACCUGAACGACAAGUCCACUCUGGUGGACCUCAAUUUGGAAAACUGCGGCAUCACUUCCGGUGGAUGUGCGAUGCUUUCUGACGUCAUUUUAAUGAACAAAACAUUGCAUCACUUGGACCUUAGUGUUAAUUUCAUUGCCGACGCUGGUGUUUUAAAGAUAUCCAACGCCUUAGAACGUAACAAGUCGAUCAAAACUCUCGGCCUGAAUAUGUGCGGGAUAACAAAUGAUGGAUUUUCGAAAAUUCUUGAUAUUUUGGAAUGUAAUCCAACCUUGACCUUGCUGAAAUUGUGCUACAAUAGACUAGGUCGCGAACAUAACAACCCUUCCGCAACCUCCGACGACCUUCGCUACCGUGUUCGUAUUGUAACAUCAUCAAAUCCUAAACUUAAGUUAUUGCUGUGGGGAAACGCAUUUGACGAAGCGUGAUGGAUAAUUAUUAGGAAUGUCUUUUAAUCAGGAACAUGAGAUGUGGAACAUCUAUUAAUCGGAAAUUCUCACAAUUUUCAAUGAGACACGAGAUUAUUGAAUUGUUCAUGAGCUUUCUCAUAUUAUGGCCGUUUCGAUUUGUGAGUUAAUGAGAAGCGCCUUAGUUCAGUCAGAAUAGCAGGGAUCGUCGUAACCAAUGAUCGUAGCAGCUAAGUACGUGAAAGUAACCAUUCCACACGUUUUCGGAACUUAUGUGUGGUCUGGAUAUUGUGUAUAACGUAUAGCUGGUUUACUGAUCUACUAUUGAAAACAAAACCACAUUGUCUGUUGUUGUUAGGAGAACCUCUUUCCCUCAAAUCUUCAAAGCAAGUUUCGGAACUGUUUGGGUGCUUUUGAAGUUUUGAUGAAGAAAAGGGCGUUUUCUUAAUGCUCCGGAACGUAACAUGUGUUCGCCCUUUGCAGGCAAAAUUGAAAUGAUCGAUCUUGCCAAGAUUUUCUGUAAUUAUCAUUAUAUUAACUCUGGGCAUCAUACAUCUCAUUACUACCAUACAUCGUUAAUGAUAUGAGCAUUUAGUUUCGGUCAGAUUUUAGACAUGCCUGCCAUUCUAACAUUCUUGCGUACGCUCGAUAUACACCAUGGCAGAAACUUUCUUAAUUUUACCAAACCAACGAACAUCGUAUCACGAACUCCAUUAUUUAAAACACCAUCUGCAACAUAAUACUCCAAAAGUACACUUAAUGAAAAAUCGUUAAUUUCUUAAAAACCUCAAGAAAUUGAAUUAAAACUUUGAAAGCGUCAAUUGCAUCACUACUCAGAAUCCUGACCAAUCAGAAACUCCGAACAUUUACCGAUCACUAAAUACCCAGAAUAUUGACCAAUGAAUAACCAACCAGAACAUUGACCAAUCACUAAGUAUCAGAACUUUGACCAAUCACAAACUUCAAAGAAUAUUGACCAAUUACUGACAACCCAGAACAUUGACCAAUCACUAACUUCCAAGAAUAUUGGCCAAUCACUAGCUUCCAAGAACAUUGACCAAUCACUGACAACCAAUAUCAUUGACCAAUCACUGACAACCCAGAACAUUGACCAAUCACUAACUACAGAGAAUAUUAACAAAUCACUAACUACCCAGAACGGCAGUCUAUAUGACUGAACCAAUGUGUACUAGUAAUUACUGACCAAAAUGAUAAAUAACAUUGCUUUGAAAAUUAGAAUUUUGGAUAUAGAAUACAACAAAUAAACUGUGCCAGAGAGUAUUCAAGUGAUAUGACACUAGCUGAGCCGCUUGAAAUACUGACUCAAAACAAGCAGAACUCCAAAUACACGCACACAUCUACAACGUUCCACGCCUCGUUAGCUAGAUCUCUUACUAUUUCGUGGAUACAUUUAACAGAAAAAGAGUUGUUAUCACUAUACUUGAAUUCACGGCUUAAAUACAGGCCUCAUAGAGUCAAUAUAAAAUAGUAUUCGAGAGAUCAUUGUUUAUUAGAACUCCUGCAAUCGCUACCUUGAGUCGCUACAUACUAGAGUACUCAUCGAGUCAAUACGUAAUAGUACCCGCUAAACGAUGCAUUUAAGAACUCGAUAUCGCUACCAUGAUUCACUCAAUGUUCGUGUACUGGUAUAAUGAAUACUUGCUAGCACUCGUAAGUCAAUGUAUACAAGUACUAGAGUUACUGCAUAAUCUAGUACUCGCCAAGUCAAUACAUACUAGAACUCUUAACUCACUGCCAUGAUUGGUAGAAUGAAUACUAGUACUUGCUAGCACUCAUAAGUCAAUGUGUCCCAGAACACAAAGUCAUUACUCCGAGUCACUUUAUACUGGUGUGUACUCAUGGAAUCUGUGAACUCUGGUUCUACAAAGAGUCACUUAUAAUUGAUUGCACCCGUACAGUACACAUGGUGUCAAUAUAUACAUGUACAUACUAGACUCAAAACAUAUUUGAAUACAUUGUAUAUUAAAAUCAACACAUACUAGUACAUAAUGCAUAUGAGUCACUACAUGUUACAGUCAAAAGUACACCUUGAACUACUUACGAUAUACUAGAGUCACUACGUAUAAGUAUAUAAUUAUUGAGUCGUUAUAUUACGUACUGGAGUCAAUGCAUCCAAAUUAAUAUUGAGUCACUACAUAUUCAAGAUGAUAACCGUGCAGUCAAUGCAUAACAGUAGAUAUUGAGUCACCAUGUAAUCUAGAGCCAAUACAUACUAGUACACAUGAUGGAGUCCGCCUAUACUUGUUGUGGCAUAUCCUCAUAUACGUCCUGUUCCAGCUCGUCAAUGUAUACACGCCAUUGAAAUGAUUAAAAUUACAAAGCAUUGAAAUGGAUAUAAGUCAAUCAUAUCUUACAUUAAAAAACCCCCACAAAUAUCAAGCUACUUUGGAAGAAGGCUGAAAGCCUAGUGCAUAUUUUGCUAUAUUGGCUUCUGUAUUUACUUGUACUUGAUAUUUAACACCGAUUACCCUUACUGCUUAGCUUCUUAAUGUGCCUACCUUGUAUUUAUCAUAACAAACACAAACAUGUGGUUUAUUUGGAAUUAAAUUGUGUAUACGGCUUUACGUACAGUGUGUAACUAGUACUACGAUAUUACUACUAUACAAUGAUGUAAUUUGUAUAAUGAAGUUACUAGUAUUACAUUGUUACUAGUAGUACCAUGUAACUAGUAAUACCAUGUAACUAGUACUACAUUGUUACUAGUAGUACCAUGUAACUAGUAAUACCAUGUAACUAGUAAUACCAUGUAACUAGUAGUACCAUGUAACUAGUACUACAUUGUUACUAGUAGUACCAUGUAACUAGUAAUACCAUGUAACAAGUAAUACCAUGUAACUAUUAAUACCAUGUAACUAGUACUACAUUGUUACUAGUAAUACCAUGUAACUAGUAGUACCAUGUAACUAGUAAUACCAUGUAACUAGUAUUACGAUAUUACUACUAUACAACGAUGUAAUUUGUAUAACAAAGUUACUAGUACUACAUUGUUACUAGUAGUACCAUGUAACUAGGACUACUAUGUUCAGUGUUACUAGUUCUACAAUGAUACUUCUACAUCAAUGUAACCUGUGUAACAAUGUUACUAGUACCUCAUUGUUAAUAGCACUAUAAUGUAACUAACACCUCAAUGUGAUUAGAUCUGCAAUGUUACAAGACCAACAAUGUAACUGGUACUACAAUGUAACUAUUUCUACAAUGUAACUAGUACUACAAUGUAACUAGUACUACAUUGUAACUAGUACUACAAUGUUCAGUGUUAUAGAGCUAUGAUGUUUCUAAUGCUAUUAUGUACAGUAUUACUUAUACUACAAGGAUUAUUUAAGGAUUGAAUUAUGUUUUGUAGAGGUUUAUGGGGUAUAAACCGCAAUUGGUCUUGAGACAAAUUUUAUGAACUGCAAAGCAGUUCAUUUUGAAUUAUUCUCAAGACCCAUUAAGGUUUAUACCCCCAUAAACCUCAACAAAAUGGGAUUCUAUCCUUAUAUUUACAUUCAGAGAGAUAUUGAUAUUUGUUCGGAUAAUUUCUAAAAUAUCGGUCUUGUGCAAGUCUAACACCAAGGAAGGUAUCAACACUUAUGACGACAUCACUCACUGUGAGACGUCGUCCUGGUAAGAUGAAUAAGCGAAUUAAGAUGUAAAUUAUUUUUUUGAAUUCAAUUGAAUACUUCUGACAAAAAAUAAAUAAAUUGAAAACAAUCUAUGAAUGGAACUACUUCCCGCGCUCCGCGGAAUAACAGAGUAAUCAGGUUGAUAAUAUACUGAUGUAUUCAUACGCCAACUGAAAAGUUCAUUGAAACAUAACCUUUAAAAUGUUAAUUAGGUAUAUUGAGUCCAAGUUCAGUAGAAAUGUAAAUAUUGUUACUUGUACUACAAUGUAACUAAUACAACAAUGUUCAAUCUUAUUAGUUCAUUGUAACUAGUACUACUAUGUAACUUGUAUUACAAUGUAACUCGUACUACAGUGUUAUUAGAACUACAUUGUUCUUUGUUGUUGCUAGAGGUACAUUUCUCACUUCCAAUACCCCGGCUACAGCAGUGUCAUGCAUUGACGUUGGUAUCUUCAGUAUUGUUAGCUUAAGUUGCUCAUAAAACAUUAAUAAUAGUACUGAUAAAAACUAAAUUUGUUCAUUCUAUAAUAAUAAACCAUCAUAUGUUCGUGUCAUAACAACAUACAUGGCAGCUGUAUAUUGAUGGGAAUUUCAAAAAGGGUAUCCUAUCCCUCCUAUACCCAUUGUCAACCUGCCUUAUCUGGGGUAUAGAGGAUUUAUAUCACAUAUUGAUGUAUCAAUAUUUCCUUCGUAUUUAUAUGCAGAUCCAAAACUAUUGUUACAAACAUCAGGAUGCUUUCUGAAAAGCAUGCACCUUGUGAUAGAACUAGGGAAUCGGUCUGAUUUAGGCCGCUCUGUCUGUCGACAUGCCGUCCCCGUAUAAAAAGUGAAAGGUGCAUACAUGCAUUUCACGUGCACAUGAAAUGUUUACGAAACGGGCUCCUGUCGGGUCUGCCUUGUGUAAUAACGUUCACAAAGAGAUGAAUGGCCAUGAAUCACAAGGAAUGCUCUGCAGAUGUAAAUUCUGCGUUUUUGUAUUCCCCGUCUUAUCUACAAAACUGCUGAUUCCACCAUCUUCUGUAUCGCCUUAAUGUUUGUUAUAGUACCGGUAAUAUAACUGAUAAAGCCAUAUUUCAAAAGCAAAACAAAAAGGUGGAAGGUUUCCAUGGGGACCAUUCUAAAAGCAAAUAAUUCGUUAUGCCAUUAUGAAAGUUAAAAAGUGAAAUCGUUACAUAAGACAAACCUGUAAAUUAUAUUCAUUGCAUUUUGGUCCUUAUCUAUUUGUAUUGGGAGAAUAUCUAACCUUUGACCUCUGUUCUGUAGCCGAGUUCAUUUCUUCGUGGAAUUCUGUCUGUUUAUAAUACCGUUAUUUUCGUUGAGACAGAGUUUCAUAUGUAUAAUCAUAUGUAUGGCAAAAUGUCAUGUCGUUUUUAAAUUAAUAAAACAGUUCAAAACGUC